ACUGUUUCAUCGUCAUCUUUGAUAAAGAACAAAGAUUCUGCAAUUCAAGAAUGUCAACCACUUGAUAAAGUUUCGGACCAUGACAAGUCGAUUAAAGAUGAAUUCAAUUAUGCUUCGAAAGGUGGCGAUAUUGACAUUUUUAUGUCAACAAACAACCAUGUCGAAAUGGAUGCUAAUUCUUUAAUGGAAAAACAACAUGAAGUUGACAGUGAUGCAUCAACAAGUGAGACAGGAUUUAUACAACCAAUUGCUGGAAGCAUCAAUAUGUUUGCAGCUCCACAGUCAAAAAAUGAUAAAUUUGAUGAAAGUAUUAGUGAAGAGAUUGGAGAAGAAUGUGAAGAAUCUGUAGCAAGUGACAUUUCUACUUCUUUCAAAGAAGAUGAAGUUGACAUUUGUCCUUCAUCGAAUGAUGACGAUUUGAAUGAAUCGUUUGAAAUUGAAGAUGAUGAAAUGGUCAUUCCAGACAACAGUGCAGAUAACAAAAUGAUUUUGACAUGUCAGCCAUGUAAAGGUAAGACGAUCAGAAACAUCAAAGAAAGAGACGAUGAACUAUCGUCCUAUGAAGACAGCAACUUUAAAUUGUUAUCAAAUCCAUCGUCACUGUGUAAAAAGUUAACACCUCUUCCACCAUUAAAUAAUAGAUUGGGAAAACUUUCACCAUUGAAUCAUAAACGAGAUAGCAGUGUGUUUGACCUUCCACCACUACCUGUAACUGGUUCAUCGUCAAUGUUGAUAAACAACAAAGAUUCUCCAACUCAAGAAUGUCAACCGCUUGAUGACGAUGACAGUAACAAUGAUGAUGAUGACGUCAAUUUUGAUGACAUUGAUGCGUUGCUGUUGGAUUUAGAUGAAUUUGAUUCGAAACGAGCUAAUAAAAACCCAAAAGCUUAUUGAAAAUCAGAAGUUCGAACUUUAAAAAAAUCAACUCCGUAUAUUUGUUUGUCUCAUGUUAGUGUUGUGACGUCAUUUAUGUUGUGCUGUUUUAAAAAUUGGGUCUAAAAAAUACAAAAAAUAUA